AUGGUCCAGCAGGAGCUUCACACUACUAUCGAUGAGGUGAACUUCUACACCAACUCGAAGGUGGUCCUUGGAUAUAUUUUCAAUGAAAAAAGACGCUUUUAUGUGUAUGUGCAUAACCGUGUGGAGCGCAUUAGGCGUUCUACCCAGACCCACCAAUGGCAUUACGUACCCACACAGCUAAACCCAGCUGACCAUGCCACACGAGCACUGCCCGCUGAGCAUCUGUCUCACUCUACAUGGCUUAGCGGACCUGCCUUCCUUAAGAAUUCAGGCCAACGACAAAUACAGAAAGAACCUUUUGACCUUGUUUGCCCUGAAAAUGACACCGAGCUGCGCCCAGAUAUCGUAUCCUGUGCCACCUUUCUGUCAAAAAAAGAGCUCGGGACCACAAGGUUCGAGAGAUUCUCAAAUUGGAGUCAUCUGCUGAAAACUAUUGCCAGACUGCUGCACAUUGCCAAGUCCUUUAAAGGCGAAACAGAGAGUGCAUGUCGUGGAUGGCACAAGUGCAACAGCUAUGCUACAGAAGAACAGCUUCAGCAAGCCAAGGUUACUAUCAUUCGUGCAGUUCAAAAAGAGGUGUAUGCGGAUGACAUCAAGUGCUUGGAGCAGAGUGAGUCCAUUCCCACACAAAGUCCACUUAGCAAGCUGAUUCCUUACAUAGACGCCGAUGCAGUUCUUAGGGUCGGCGGCCGGCUGGCAAGAGCUCAACUGUCAACAGAUGAGACACACCCCAUGCUCAUUCCCAGUAAACACCACAUAACCCAGCUCAUAAUCAGACACUUUCACGCACAAGUAUGUCAUCAGGGCAGACACUUCACCGAAGGUGCAAUCAGAGCUGCAGGUUUUUGGAUUGUGGGUGGGAAAAGAGCCGUCAGUAGUGUCAUCUUCAACUGUGUCAUAUGCCACAGAUUAAGGGGCAAGCAACAACAGCAGAUCAUGUCAGAUCUACCAGAAGACAGAAUGUGUACAGACCCUCCUUUCACGUGUGUGGGCCUAGAUGUUUUUGGUCCGUGGCCUGUUACAGUCAGAAAGACACGAGGAGGUCAAGCAGAGGCCAAGAGAUGGGCAGUGAUCUUUACGUGUAUGAGCACUCGUGCCAUACAUAUCGAAGUGAUAGAAGCAAUGGACACUUCAUCUUUCAUUAAUACUCUGCGCCGUUUCGUUGCCAUGCAAGGUGCUGUGAAACUACUCAGAUCCGACUGCAGCACAAACUUUGUGAGUGCUUGCAGAGAACUCCAAAUCGACAAGAAGGGUUGUCAUAAUGACAAAAUCAACACGUAUCUUGGAGACAGAAGCUGUGAGUGGCAAUUUAACCCUCCACAUGCAUCGCACAUGGCUGGAUCUUGGGAGCGCAUGAUUGGCGGAAGUCGGCGGAUCCUUGACGUAAUGCUGCUACAGCACGGAAAUGCAAAGCUCACACAUGAGGUGUUAGUGACAUUCAUGGCAGAGGUCACUGCAAUAGUCAACUCAAGGCCACUUACCACAGUUUCUGCUGACUCAGAGCAUCCUGAGAUUCUCACUCCUGCCAUGCUACUCACACAAAAGGUCGGUGCGCCCCCAGUACCACCAGGUCAGUUCCACGAUCAGGACCUGUUUAGAGCGCAAUGGAGACGUGUACAGUACCUAGCCAACGUCUUCUGGGGACGAUGGAGGAGAGAGUACCUCAGCGGACUACAGGGUCGUCGCAAGUGGAGGGCAUCAAAGCCCAAUCUACAAAUUGGAGAUGUGGUCCUGCUCAAAGAAGGACAAGAAAACAGGAUUGACUGGCUACUAGGGCUAGUCACAAAGACCUUCCCCAGUCAAGAUGGCAGAGUAAGGAAGAUCGAAGUCAAGAUCAUCUGCAGUGGUGAAUGUAGAGUGUACCUGAGACCCAUCAGUGAAGUCGUCUUACUGGUACCUAAGAGCUAA